UUCAAUAUCUGAACAUUUUCUUUUAGAGUUUCAAAACUCUUUCUUUUCAAUAGCUAAGGGAUUUUGAGCGUUAAAUUUUGGUCAUUUUUUUCACUACAAUUUAAAAUAUCACAUAAAGUAAAGUAUUAAAUGGUUAUACAGUCAACAUAGUGAGUUAAAUUCUGAUGCUAUGCAGAACAUACAUCCUUUAUGUUAAACUAUACAGAUGACAGCAGUAAUAGGUAACGGGUGGAUAUAUGUAUAUCACAUUUAGUUUCCAAUUUAUACAUGUAUAUAUAUACAGAUUGUAGUACCGUUUAUGUUAAUUAGCCAGGUUACUAUAUAAUACAAAUAAUGACAUUAAUGCAAAUUAUGUAUACAAAUAAAAACAGAAUUGUGUGGAGCCUAUUUAUAAGAUAUGGUUACCUGUGACAGAGAUACCACAAGGAUGUUCUAGCCAGUAACACUUCAGACCAGGGUGACGGAGAAAUCAACUCUGAUAAGAGGCGAUAUAAAUAUACCCUGUAUUAAAAAUAUGGAGGGGAAUUCAACAACAGAGCACCCAUCUUUGAAAAAUUGGGAUAAAACUACUUUAGAAAUGGAAGAGCAAAGAACGGAGACAGAGCAUUGCCCUUUAGUCAAUGGAGGAGAACAGAAUACAACUAGAUUGGAGAACAGAGAAUCUGAUUCUGCUGAAACAGUUGAGGUGUUGGAGGAGGUAGAGGAACCUGUGGUGAAUUCGAACGUGGAGGAAGAAAACUUAGCCCCCGAUGGAGGAUUUGGGUGGUUCAUUGUGUUAGGCAGUUUACUUGUCCAUCUCUUCAUAGGUGGAAUAGAGAGAUCAGCUGGAAUCAUUUACUUAAAGUUUGAGGAUAAAUUUGAAAAGUCUGCUGCCGCCACAGCAUGGGCAACCUCCCUCCCAGCAGGUCUGAGAUUGACUCUAGGCCCUGUGUGUAGCAUACUGUGUAACAGAUAUUCCGCUCGAUCUGUGGUAAUCACUGGAGGUGUUCUCCUGUGCAUCAGCCUGGUCAUCACUUCUGUAUCACCUACUCUGUCGUUCACAUAUGCCAGCUUUGGAGUUCUAGGAGGAUUUGGCAGACUGCUAGCUUACGCCCCUGCUGUAGUCAUAGUAGGAGAGUACUUUAACAAAAGACGAGGUCUUGCUGUCGGCAUUGCAACAUCAGGUGUUGGAUUUGGCUCUUUUCUGUUUCCCACCAUUAUUGAGACAAUCUUCAACUUUUAUGGUUUCUUUGGUGCUUUUCUUAUCCUUGGAGCUGUCAUGCUGAACAUUUCGGCCUGUGGCUGUUUGUUUAGACCCCUCUGGCUCCAUUUGAAGAUGAAGAUACAUGAUGAAAGGAGGAAAAGUAAAAAAGAAGCUGACGUGGGAGCUGAAUCAUCAGCUUUGUGGGAGGAUGUAGAGGGAAUGCAAAAUGAUAAAAAACUUAAAGAGGAACAAGUAACCAACCCGCACGUUGAUGCACAGCCACAGACACGCCUGUCGAAAAUAAGGAGGAUGUUUUCAUGUGGUCCCUCCAAUAAGGACAGCAAGCCAAAGACCAAACUACUUGAAUUAUCUUUGAUGAAAGAUUUGCGAUUUACUUCUUUUUGUGCGGCCAUAUUACUGUAUACCAUAUCAUCACAGGCGGCUUUUGUCUUCAUACCUGCCUACGCCAAAUCUAAAGGUGUAUCCGAACUCCACGCUUCGUAUAUAGUAUCUAUUAUCGGACUCUUUGAUGGUACUAGUCGUAUAGUGUCUGGAUUUUUGCUCGAUAUGGCAAGUGUGAAACAAUACCGGAUUUAUAUCUACAAUGCUGUGCUAUUCCUUCUGGGCUUUGUGUCGUUAGCAGUGCCCAGUCUUGACACCUUUGCUGAGCUCUCGGUGCUUUGUGCCGUAUACGGACUACUAGUAGGUGCCUACAUCUCUCAGAAGUCUGUCGUCAUUGUGGAUAUCCUAGGGGUAAAGAAACUUGUGAACUCGUUUGGAUUACUGAUAUGUUUCCAGGGUAUUGGUAUGUUUCUUGGUCCUCCAAUAGCGGGUUUUAUGAAGGAUGUCAAUGGUCACUACGAUAUCGGGUUCUAUUUUGGUGGAGCAUCAAUGUUUUUGGGGGCUUUUAUUUUAGCAGCAGCCAACGUCAUUCAUUAUAUAAGACUGAAGAAACAGUAACGUACAUGACGAGGAUUGAUGUAUGCAACAAAAUCAACAUAAACACAUCAAUAUGAUUUUAUAAAUAUAAUUUGAAGGUUUUUGUACAAAUAAGUGCUUCUCUGACUGUCGAUUAUAACUGGUUUUGUGAUGUACAAUAUAUAUAUAUUAAUGUGUAUAUGUGCAUAAAUUUACACCAAUAAGAUUCUACCUACAUAUCGAAGUGUUCGGUGUGCAACAUGUUAAGUUUUUUAGUCUGUUUUCUCGUUGUUAUGUUUGAAUGAUAUAUUACCAUGAUCUUGCUUUACCACGCGUGUAUACACCUGUUUGACUUGUUCCUACCGGAAACAGGUCCCAUAUCCCCAUUUAUGUAUAUAUUUUUACAUAUUACCCUUUUAUGAUCAAACAGUAUUGAGGACUAAUUGUUUUUGAUUCUUUUUGUACAUUCAAAGAAGUACUGUAAAUCACUUAUAUUUCGCGAGUACUUAAUUUCGCGAACUCACCUAAUUUGACUUAUUCGCGAAUACAUAAUUUCGCGAAUUCUGAUCUCAUAAUGACUUUAAAUUCGCGAAUGACGUUAACAGAUCGGCGAUUUUUCCAUGUUGGUAGCCAUUUUGUUUAUGAGAGUCAUGUGACAGUACAAAAAAUGUCAUGUGAUUCAUUCAUGUGAUAUCGGUGUCUGGCCAUACUGAAUUAUAUUUACCGUACCUGUAUACAUGCUAAAUGGUGCCUGGAAGAUGACGGGACUACAAUAGGUUGUGAGUUAACGUACAUUGUAAUUAACGUACGUGUGUAUACACUGAUACCGAUGAACAGUUCUCGGGACAGUCUAUUGUGAAUGAUUUAUACUCCAGGUGAUUAUUUGCUCUGAAUGUUUGAAUUAAAUAAAUAAUUUGUUUGAUUUCAA